GAACGAGUUUUCAGUUCUGCAAAAGCUGCGUUCGGGCGCGAUCACGAACGAUUCAACCGCUCAUUAGAACGAUAGACAAGGCCUAUCGGAACGGUAGCCGCGCGUUCAGUAAGUCGAGAAGAUCAUCGGGAUCUUCUACUGGAAGGUGAUCUGGCAUCUAGCUGGCCGCAGGGUCAACUCUUCGCCUUAUAUGUGAUAGCAAUAACAAAACAAAAACCUGAUUUUACUGCAGUGUGAAAAGUUCUUUGUGUUUUUACCUCUAAUUUGUGCACUAGAUCUGAGAGCAAGAAUCCUCAACAUGAAACUCAAAUAUACUCUAGGAAUCAUCCUGCUAGUAAUUUCACAGCAUGCGUACUGCCAAAGAUCCCAACCGGAUGGUUCCUCGGAGCCCAGCAACUCGAACAGCCUCGAUGUGGUCGCCAACAGUGUGACCAAUUUGGCUCAGAAAAUCAGCCGAGCCAUCGUAAGCCAGCGGAGUAAGACGGAAAUUUUCUCUCCGGUCAGUAUAGCCGGAGCACUUUCGCUGCUGCUGCUCGGAUCCGGUGGUACAACCCGGUCCGAGCUGAUGGAUCUGAUGGGUUUUUCGAGCGAGCAGAUCAACUUUACCGAUAUUCACAAGGGCUUCGGUAAACUGUUCCGCGAGCUGGUGUCCAAUGAUCCCAGUGUGAAGGCCAACGUGCCAUGGCGAGAGAAUGACAAGUGCAACAACAUCGACUACGAAGAUGAUGAUUUCAUGUCCUCGCGGGGAAGCUUCCAUAGUAGCGCUAAGGGUAGCCGACCAAGGCGGGAUGCUGACUCGUCGCACGUCAUUUCGGUAGCAAACGGUAUCUUCGUCAGUCGGGACCUGCAGCUGAGCAGCAGCUAUGCAGAUCUAGCCAGAAAUCUGUACGACGGUGAGGUCAGUCAGAUGGAGUUUGGCCGUGAUCCGGUGGGAACAUCGAACUCUAUCAAUCAGUGGGUUCGAGCAAAAACCAGAGGCAAAAUUCAGGAAAUCGUGAGCCCAAACCAAGUCAAUGACGUUCCGAUGGUGCUAGCAAGUGCGCUGUAUUUCAAGGCCAAAUGGGAAAAUAUGUUCGUCGUUCCGGACACAAAACCGAGACCAUUCUAUUUGAACGGCAGAGACCAGCCACCGGUUGAUGUUGAAACGAUGGCCACUUCAGGGUGCUUCCCGUUCUACGAUGCGAAGGAAGUAGAUGCUAAGAUCGUGGGUUUACCUUACCAGGAGGGUAAAUCUACAUUGUACGUUCUAAUUCCGAACAAUUCGGAUAGACAAAAACUGCAGUCGAUUAUAAAAGGUGGCUUUAGUUUGCAACAUUUUAAUCAAAUAAUUGAUCAAAUGCAAGUAAAAACUGCAACUCUGGUGAUGCCAAAGAUGCAUCUAGAAAGUAUGAUAGGAUUGAAGGAUGUAUUGAUUGGAUUGGGGCUACGGAACAUCUUUGAUCCGAUAGCUAGUAAUCUGACCCGCAUAUCCGGAUUGACCCAGAGUAGCUUUGUUGGGAAUCCAAACAGACGUAGACCAACGUCUGCGGGUCGUCCUGCUAAUGCUCCUGCCCCGACUAGCACACCUAGUCCAAUUGUAUUCCCAACGAAUUCAGCUGAAAUAACUCCGCCCAUUCAAGUUCCAUCCGAACAAGUUCCAAGCCCGAUUGUGAGAUUCCCCGUGGGACUUGAUGAGUGCAAUUCCAUCAACAAUUGCAUCUUCAAUAAAACCUGUAUCUGCGACAGGAGCACUCGUGGAACCGUUGACCAGAGGGGCUGCCAUCAGAAACCUUUCUUUGUUGCAAGGCAAUGCCCGACCGGAAGUAUCAAAUCAAUCACAGAUGCUAGCAUGUGUAUUAAUGAGUCAUUCGAGGAGCUAUACGACAUGAACCUGGAUCGAUGCACGCAAAAAGACUGUUAUUUCAUCUCAAAUACAUGUUACUGCUGUAAAUACAAGCCGCCACAAAGUACUACAAGUGCUUCUACUGUACAAAGGCAGCCUCAGUCUCAACCAGCUCAGUUACCCGGCAACGUUCAACAGCAGUCAGCGUCCUUACCGGAACCAUUCGACAUUUCAAAUCGGUUCAACCCUAGCACCACUAAACCUCCCCGCCAAUGCCAGAAUUUCCGACGCUGUGAUUCGUACGGACGAUGCGACUUGGUAACCGUAUGCGCGUUGAUCAAUGAUCAAUACACAUUUUCUCCGAAACCAGCACGAUUCAAGCGUCAGAGUGGGGGCAACGGUGGACCAAAUUUAUUCGCGGGUCAAAUCAUGCACAAAGUCAGCUUAGACAUCGAUGAGGAAGGAACCGAGGGCGGCGCAGUUACGGUGGUUGUUAUCGAUCGGAUUUCGUCUUCGGUUACAGUGCGUCUGGAUGGACCUUUUCUAAUCUAUCUGCGCAAUGACGUUACGAAGUUGCCGCUAUUUUACGGGGCAGUAUACGAUCCGAGAUCGUAGUGAUCAGUGAAUUAAAUUUAUCGA